AUGUACUUGGAAAUUCGUUGUCGGUCACAUGGGACGGAGGCUCCUCUGAGGCAUCAACUCCCAUCCUCAGGCACCACCGAAAUCUUCCUCCUCUCCACCCGCCCUUUGCAUAAUCCCCCAACUCAGAAUCUUCUACUCCUCUUAGCCAAGUUGGCUUCCUUCCACUUAAUCCGCGGGCUCUCACGCAAAGCCUUUUGCGGAAAUAUUGUUCCCUCGAUUCGCCGCUCUUCAACAAUUUCUGCGCGACCUCUCAGCAAGAACAAGCCUACCGAACGUCGCCAUUCAGCUAGAUCUCUUCCGGUCAGAAAACCCCACGUCCGGCCCCCUCCCGCCAGAAAAUCGAUCCCCUCCUCCACGCCAGUCCGGAACGUUGGGACUUACAGAUCGAAGCACCAGCCGGAGCCAUUGAAGUCAGGAUCCUACGUAUUUCGCACACCAAAACUUCUUCCGCACCGAGCAGGCUUUCAAACCCCCCGGGCAACCCAUUUGAUAUACCAUCCUUCCACAUACGAAUUUGCAGGCUUCGAAUUUCCGCCGGUCACGGGAAUCACACCCAUGAAGAUCAAUUAUCAGGUCGUGACGACCCCGACCUACGACACCCCGGGUACCUGCCUCAUCCUCAACUUCCCAGACAAGCGCUAUGUCUUCGGACAAGUAUCUGAGGGUACCCAGCGGGCUUGUAUGGAGCGCGGUGUCCGACUUGCAUAUCUCACCGAUGUAUUCAUCACGGGGCGAUCGGAGUGGAAAAGCCAUGGUGGCUUGAUUGGCAUGAUACUGACGGUGUCCGACGUGGUCGGCACCUCGCAGAGUGCGCUGGAAACCAGCGAACGCGAGAAAGCAGAGCGUAAGGCCCAGAACGACAAAGGGACGAUUCAUGGCUUGCCUAUGGCGAUAAAGGGCGGCGAGACGGUACUCCAGCGAGGCUCGUUAACUCUCCAUGGGCCCCGAAAUUUAACGCAUACCUUGACCACUGGUCGGCGAUUCGUUUUCCGAAAGGGCAUGCCGAUAUUCACAAGGGAGUACGACACCGAGAGCGUCUCGAAGAAUGUUUCGGUGGAUGCAGAAGAUCCCUUCGAGCAGCCAACGUGGUCGGACAACAACAUCAAAGUCUGGGCCUUGCCUAUCCGCCCCUCGUCGCCGUCUCCCCAGGGGAGUCCACAAAGCCCCAGGAAGAGGAGUCUCGAUGAAUUUCAAGAGCAAGAUUCCGAUGAAUUAGACUCCCGCGCCAAGGAUCUGAUAACGAAACAGGCUAUCGUGAACGAUAUGUUCAACUCAUCCUGGAGGAUGGACGCACUGGUGAAGACUCCCCUGGCAGAGGUCAAUAUGCCCGCAGCGAUGUUUGUCCGCAAUGUGGAAACAAAGUCAUUCGAUCUGUAUAAGGGUCCCAUGCCAGGAGGCGAUGAACCUCUCCCUGAUAUCAAUGUCUUUGUCAGACAGCCUUGGCCCGGCGCAGCUGUGGAGAGGAUCCCGUCCACGUCGCGAUGUGACGAAGCGCUCUCUUAUAUCGUCCGGAACCAUGAUUUCAGGGGCAAAUUUGACCCCGCAAAGGCCAAGGCAUAUGGUAUCCCAUAUGGCCCGACCUUUGGAAAGUUGGCAGGAGGCGAGAGCGUGACCGUUGGCGAUACGGUCAUCACGCCAGACAUGGUUCUUGGACCGCCACGACUCGGCAAAGGAAUCGCGUUCAUUGACCUGCCAACCCCUGAUUACAUAGAAAACCUGGUCAAUCGGCCAGAAUGGAAUUCGCCCUCUGUGACGACAAAUCUCGAGGCCUUUGUGUGGAUUCUUGGCCCCGGUCUCGGGGAACAUCCCAAACUGCGCGAGUUCAUGUCACGUAUGUCCCACUGCAAACACACAGUAUCCAGUACCGACUACAACCCGAACUAUCUGGCCUUGGCCGGUGUUGCAAGCGGGUCGGUGCGUAUGGCACGGAUUAGACGCGAAAACCAUCCGAUUCCGAUCCACGACAAUGUGACCCUUCCGCAACCUGGAACUUCCACAGCCAAGUCGACGACUACGGCCGAGAUCAAAAAAACACUGCCAUUCAAGCCUUUGGAGCCUGGUCUGAUUAUCGAGUUGGAGCCUGAGACCAAGAUCAAUUCCUCCCUAGUGGCACCGCGGUUCAACGCGGACGAGGUGAUGCGGAAAAUGCCCGAGGCCGUUGAGAAACGCGUGGCUACAAUUAACAAGCGGGUCAAAAAGUACUAUUUCCAGAAACAACUGAGCGACUUUCAACGGGAUCUGCCUGGGCGUGAUGCAGAGAUCUUCACAUUGGGCACGGGCUCAUCGGUACCGUCGAGGUAUCGCAAUGUCUCGAGUACUCUUGUCAGCGUGCCCGGAUACGGUUACUAUCUACUCGACUGUGGUGAGAAUACACUCGGUCAGCUAAAGCGCGUUUUUGAGCCCGAAAAGCUGCGAGAGGUCCUACAGAACCUGCGAGUUGUAUGGAUCAGCCAUCUUCACGCGGACCAUCAUCUAGGUACCGCGGCUGUCAUCCAGGCCUGGUAUAAGGAAAACUACCCCAACGGAGCUCCCGAAACCGACGAGCUUGAGACCGACAUGGCCAAAAUCCUGAAAGAAAAACGCUUGUUUGUAGUCUCAGAGCCCAUGAUGAUUGGGUGGCUCCAAGAGUAUGCCAGCGUGGAGGACUACGGCUUCGGCAAGAUCGUGCCCUUGACGACCUAUACGUUCACCAGAGAAGGCGGUGAUGGUUCGUUCGAGUCCAGACUGGCUUACCGUCACUGCCGGGCUGAUGGCACGUACCCCGGGCACGACACUGAUGAAGGAAAACCCAAAACUUCGUCUCUCAGCUUCAACGAAGAAAAGUCUUCCCUUGCCCCUUUGCUCCGCAAAGCAACCGGGCUUUCCGAACUCCUGACCACGAGAGUGUCUCACUGCAAGGGCGCCAUGGCUGCCACCCUCGUCUUCCCCGACGGUUUCAAGGUCUCGUUCUCGGGCGACUGCCGACCCUCUCCAGCCUUCGCCGCCAUCGGCCGUGGAUCAACGGUGAUGAUCCACGAGGCCACGUUCCAGAACGACAUGGCGGGAUCAGCCCUGGCCAAAAAGCAUUGCACGGCUGCCGAAGCCCUCGAAGUGGGUCGCCGGAUGAAAGCCAAAUCCAUCAUCCUCACCCACUUCAGUCAGCGAUACCAGAAAGUCACGCAUGUCGAACGAACCGACUCUCGCCCCACGGACGAACCCGAAGAACCGGCUGGUCAAGAGCCCGACCAGCUGGACAUUCCAGACGACGAGGAGCCCGCAUUUAUACCGGGCUCCAUGCCUCCCAUAAUGUUCGAGGACAACUUCAUGGCCCAGGCGAAGCCGGUGGAUGUCCCGGUGGUCGGAGCGUUCGACUACAUGCGCAUCCGCGUUGGCGAGAUGCCCCUCACCCAAGCGUAUGCUCCCGCGAUCGAGAAGCUGAACGAGAUCCUCGAGCGCAUGUCCGGUCAGGAGCAGGAGGAAAAUAAGAAGAUGCUGGAAAAGCAGGCCGCCGAGAUCAUGAAGCAGAAAAUGGAAAAGCACGCCAAGCCCGGGAAAUUAGGCAAAAAGGCCAAAAAGGCCUCCUUUAAGGCGAACGCUGAAGCAAAUGACGCUACUCCUGAACCCGAACCUGCCCCCCCGACGCCCGCCCCCAAGGCUGACGAGAAGCCGCAGUCCAAACACUCGAUCUGGAGUGCCAGCGAGAGUGAAAGCGGAUGGGACACCAGCGACUACGAGGAACUCGACCUCGAGCCGGUGACUCCUCGCAAACAGAGCCCUCCCAAGAACUACAGCCCGCCCAUGACCCGGUCUCGGUCCAAGUCGCAGAAAUCGAACUAG